CGCACGCACACUCUCAUUUCAACCGCCGAGCAGAGUGGGUCGGGAAAGCUUGUCAUUUUGCCGUGUUCGCAUCCUAGCAGCACGCGGUUUUAACGCACGUCGCGCGAAGUAGAAAUCCUCCGUGGACCAAUUGUUUUCUUCAGUGUAGUUACGAACUUCUGCAGUACGAAUUGUGCGUUCAGUGGGUGCUACGUGUAUGUGUGUACAGUGAUGAACGGUAGUGUUUGUGGUGCAUAUCCUUGAAGUUCCUGGACAGCAUCAUCCCAGCGCUGUGGAUCACCUCGGGAAGCAAUCGCCAAAAAAUAGCGCACGGAGCGUCUUCGGUGGACUUUUGUAGUCCGCGAUGACCACCCUCCUACCGACGUCUCAAUCCACCGGGGUUGAGGCGUACGAGGACAUGUUCAAGGAGAUCACCCGGAAGCUGUACGGCGACGAGUCGGCCCACGGACUCUACCCGCACAACACGCAGGUAGCCCAGCUGGCACCGGGUGCACCGACGGCCCCACCCGAUGGUGGUGAGCGGUCCUUCACCACGCUCACACAGAUCGGCUACGAAACGACCACCGUCGGUUCGACAGGGCAGCCAUCGUCCUCUGCCGCACAGCAACAACAGCAGCAGCAGCAGCAGCAGCAGCAGCAACAGCAGCAACAGCAUCAAGAACACAUCACGACCGCAUUCGGGCUAGCGGCACUGAUGCAGAAUGGAUUUCCACCACCGAGUGCCAUCCUGAAUCCGGUCAACUUUCCCAACGCUAGCAAAACGCCCACAAAUAUAUCCAUUCCAUCGUCAGAUGAUCGGUGGCAAUCCCACCAAGCACAGGAAGAGCCCUGGAACGGUGGCAAACACGCAUCCCCUUCCGGCAGCUCGUCCAACUACGGUAAAUCGUACAAAAAACCAAAAACAGAACCACAGGACGCUACAUCACCGACCGGGCUAAACAUCCCUAGCACCGCUGUUCGGUCGGCGGGCAAGGGCAACAGCUAUGGUAGCGCCACCUCACCCACCGGCUCGAACGUCAUCAAGCGGUACGCCUGCACCAGCUGUCCGUACACGACGGACCGGCGGGAUCUGUUCACACGCCACGAAAACAUCCACAAGGACGAGAAACCUUUCCAGUGCUACGCCUGCUUGAAGCCGUUUAAUCGGGCCGAUCACGUGAAGAAACACUUUCUGCGGAUGCACCGUGAGCUGGAGUACGAUAUAGCGAAAACACGCCGACAUCCACCGGGUGGUGGUGGUGGAUCAUCGAGCUCGAAAAACACUUACUACGCUGGCAAUACACAAGCGUCCUCAAGCCAUGGAUCAUCGUCCAGUGGUAGUGUGGCGACGGCCAUAACGCUUGCCCAAAUGCAGCUAAACAUCCCGUCUGGGAAUUUUAGCACUGCACCGUCAUCGCUCGUUGUUCCUGCUCAUGCACACGAGAGUAGUGCUGGCAGUAGCAGUGCUACAAAUCAUAAUGCCCAGUUGCUUCAGAUUCAAAGCCAGCACCACCAGCACCACCACCAGCAGCAUCAACAACAGGCCCACAGUAACAACCUGCAUGCUGCCCAUUUGGCGUCCGUAUCGAUUAAGCAGGAGAAGAGUUCCGCAUCGGGCGGAGGGUCGUCUGCGUCGCUUAGCCUUAACACGUCCGCCAACUCGUCCGGGUUUUCGGUCGACGAUAAGACGUUGAUCAAGAAAAUUAAGGGUGAAAAGAAGUUCUCCUGCACGUACUGUCCUUGGGCCGGUGCAGACAACUGGGGACUCAAGCGACAUCUCAACACACACACAAAACCGUACGUGUGCUUGCUGUGCGACUAUAAGGCCGCACGCUCCGAGCGGCUGGCCACACACGUCCUGAAGGUGCACAACAAGAAAGCCUGCAGCAAGUGUAACUUCUUCGCCGAAGAUCAGGCCCAUCUGGACGCACAUCUUCAGAAAACUCAUUCACACGACACGACAAAAACCGGUGGCAAAGGUGCCGGCAGUACGGGUAGUAGUAGCACUAGUAGCAAUUGUGGUACAGCAACAACCUCUGCACUGCAUCAUUCCGUAGCGGAAGCAGCAGCAGCAGCAGCGGCGGCAGCAGCAGCAACGGCGGACACGAAUGGCAACAACGUGCUGCGCAAUUUGGGUAAUGCAUUUACGUCGAACAAUUUGCCCACCAACAUUCCGACCAGUGGGAAUGGCUUUGGUAACGGCACAUCGAAUGGCCAGUAUCAUUCCCCUGACAACCAUCACCCGGCCACCGGUAACGUACUGACAAACAGUAACGCUGCCAACCUGAUCGAAACGAUCAACCAGCACGUCCUGGCGACGGCCAGCAGCCAGCAGCAGCAGGUCAUGGGACAGAACGGUGGAACCGCUUCAUCGCACCACCAACAUCACCAGCAAUGGAUCGCUACGCGGCCACAUCGGAAACGUGGUCCGGACCUACUUUAUAGCUACCUAGAAGCGGACGGCAGUGACUCCGGCGACUAUGCACGCCUUUUACACAUGCAAGCAGUCGGACGAAACAAGGCUUCAGUCACGCAGGAUUUUCGUAAUGCGGGAGGCGGAGACAAUGGCGGUGAUGCCGGCGACAGUAGCAGUGCCGCGACGCCCUACACGGCGCCGUUCGGCAUGGCAGCAGCGAUCGAAAGGCAGAUGAAGAAGAAACACCACAACCCGGGCAACGCCGACAGUGGCACUGACCUGGGUGGAAUGGCGAGCAACACCACCGCACCCGCCGACAAUGUGAACCUUUCCCUGGCCUCACUCUUCGGCUGCGAUCAGCUGUCCUUCCUGCAGCUGCUGGCCACGGCUGCCGUGGCCCACCAGCAGCUGCAGCAUCACUCGAGCCAGCAGCAAAAGAAACAGCAUCAGCAGCACCAGAAACCAUCCAAAGCAGUGGACCACCAUCCCGUCGGUGCAUCGAAUGGCGUCCUCCGCUACGGCAGCAACAGCAGUAGCAGCCCGAUGGUUUCGUCGCCUCCCGCUACAUCUACUCAGCAGCAACAACAGCAAUCACGCACAGCAAGCACCACCAACAGCACCACCAGCGCCAACGGCGGCAAUGCCGUAAUCAUUCCCAUCGACCCAAACUACCAACAGACUCAGCCGCUGGCACUAGAUAUGGGUAGCUUCAAGAAGCGACGCACGAACGGUACGACGUCGUCCAGCGAUAAGGAAAAUCACGUCCACCGAAACCGGCCCAAUGGAGGCAGCAACGGUAUCACCGUUACACCUGCACCGGGUUUCUACGCGAACGGUGUGGGCGAUGUUGGCGGUGGAACGGUCGACAAGCACAACGUCACCGCUGGCAGCAAGGUUGCUGGCCACCAUCCGAAUCCUCAUCACCACAACAAUAACAAUAGCAGCACUAGCAAUAAGAAUAUAAACGAUAUUUUUGAUAAAGUGUACAAAAAACCGCAAAACUCAUUUCACCACCACCACCAUCCCACGUCCAAGCAUCAAAGCAUUGCACAGCAGCAGCCACCACCACCACCACCGGCCCACACCCUCACCACUAUCCUGCGAACAGCUCCACCAUCCGCGGUAGAAGAGGACAAUCGGCGUGACAGCACGGCGGCACAAGAGCAGGCGGAAAAGUUUUCGCUCGCCGAGUUCCUUAAAAAUCACACCGAAGUAUCGAUCAGUACGGUGGGUAGUGGUGCUAGUGGUGCUGGUGGUGGUGAUGGUAAGGAUGAGGAUGGUUCCGUUUGUCCGUCGGAAACGGACACUAACCCUCCCCAUGGAGAUGAUCCCAGCCAGAAGCCCGAAGGUGAUCGGAAUUCUCGUAAACGCUACAAACCGUGUCGGCUCGAGGAAAGUGAAGAAGCGGCACCGAACGACGCCGAAAGCUCGUUGGCGUUUGUUUCGGUUGAAAUGCUCGAUACGUCCUCGGGCACGGAUGAACCGCAAGCGGAGCCACCGGAAGACCAGGAGCAGGAAAAGGCGAUUGAUCUUAAGGUGGAGAAACUGGGCACGGCAGAGCAGGCGGGUAAAGUAGUUGCCAAAGGCCGGCUGGCCGAUAUCCGCGACAAGCACAUGAUCAAGCUCAUCACGAACCGGCGCUGCUGUCGAAUCUGCCGCAGCAAGGGUCUGUUGGAUCAUCUGGACAAUUCGCACUACCAUACCAAAAUUUCGCUCAUCCUGCAUACACUGUGGCGUCACCGGGGCGGAGCAAGCGAAGCGCCGGCCUCCGGGUCCCAGAUGCAGUGUCGCGACUGUAGCACCUUCUUCAACCAGCGCUACAAGCUGAUACUACACCAGAAGCUUACCAACCACGCCGGGGUGCUAAUGAAGAAACGUUCUCCACGAAAGUUUAAGCAUGGCCUCAUCAAGCCGGCAAACGGUGUGAGCAAGGCUCCGAACGGCGAACAUGGACACACGAAUGGGAAAGGUAAGCGAAAGCAGCGCAAGCGCAAACCUCGCCGUCGUUGCUUUACGAUGAAGCGUAAAAAGUAAACGAUAUACCGUCCGGAAGAGGGACGGCUAGGGAGUACGCGAGUAGGCAUGUACAGAUGAACUAAACUUUAAGUUUAGCACGGUCGCCAUUUUCUUUCCGCCAUACUUGUUGUACAAAAUUUUGCACCCAAAAAGACACUCGGAUCGUGCGUGCUAUCUCACGUAAACGUUACAGCGGCCAUGUUCUUGGAAGAUAUAUUUUGGCCGAGACUAACUAGGAAGCAGCUUUGUGGAACGGUUCAAUGUAAUCCGGAAUUACUACUACUACUACUACUGCUACCACUACUACUGAGCUGAAUGAGAUUAUUGAAUCGUGCAAGUAUUAACGGUGUGUAAAUGUACGGAUGAGUUUGUAAAAAUCAGUCAGGAAACCAAAACCAGCAUACAUACGACUUUUAGCGUAGGACAAGCUAUGAACGAACUCUUCGUACUUGUUUCUGCGCGUUGUAGCGAGAUUGUUUCCACCCAUAUAUACACAUAUGCUUUUCUUUUAGCGGUUUAAUCUUCUAUACUUAAAUGCCUUUCACUUUGAAGCAAAGAUUGCAGGGACUAUUCUAUCGUUUAAGAAUUACUCCUUUACUCCAAACUAAAAUUCUCCUUUUUUUAUUUUACGACAAUUUCUGGUUCCUUUUUUUUUGCCUCGAAUUACUUAAAUCGUGUACUAGAACGAACUCGGAUCUCUGAUCGUUUGUAUAAGGGAUCGUAGUACAGGUCGUUAAAGGAUACAUUCGCAACCGCAAAAAGAACGAGGCGGACGAGCCCAGCUAUUCAUGAACACUUGUAUGAUUAUGGUUACGAAAAUGAAUGUCUGGAAUAAAAAUCAAAAUUCACGAGGAAA